UAUGCUGCUUGAUCACAAACUUUCGUGUAUGUCAACUGCUCUCUACAGAUAAGACUCAUUCAUUCAGAAUGCCAUGUUAAUUCGGGGGCAUUGAUGUUUUACAAUGCCUGAUCAAGACAAAAAGGUGAAGACCACAGAAAAAUCAACUGAUAAGAAACAGCAAGGAGUCACCACCAGGGACUAUUCAGAUCUUAAAAGACUUCGCUGCCUUUUGAACGUUCAGUCAAGCAAACAACAGCUUCCAGCCAUUAACUUUGAUAGCACCCCAAAUAGCAUGACGAAGUCUGAGCCAGCCAUCAAGGUGGGCGGACACAGAGCUCGAGGUCAGUGGCACGAGUCCACCGAAGCUGUUGAACUUGAAAAUUUUAGUAUAAACUACAAGAAUGAGAGAAAUUUCAGCCAACAUCCCCAGCAUAAACUCUUUCAGGAGAUCUUUACAGCGUUGGUGAAAAAUAGGCUCAUAUGCAGAGAGUGGGUGAACCGAGCCCCAUCUAUUCAUUUUCUGAGAGUGUUAAUCUGCCUGAGACUGCUAAUGAGGGAUCCCUGUUACCAGGAAAUACUCCAUAGCUUGGGUGGUAUUGAAAACCUCGCUCAGUACAUGGAGAUUGUGGCCAAUGAGUACCUGGGCUACGGAGACGAGCAGCACAGUGUGGACAAGCUGGUCAACAUGACUUAUAUUUUUCAAAAACUUGCUGCUGUCAAAGACCAAAGAGAAUGGGUCACCACAAGUGGAGCCCACAAGACGUUAGUAAAUUUACUUGGGGCCCGAGACACUAAUGUCCUGUUGGGCACUCUCCUGGCGCUGGCUAGUUUAGCUGAGAGUCCAGAAUGCAGGGAGAAGAUAAGUGAGCUCAACAUUGUAGAAAAUCUACUGAUGAUCUUACACGAAUAUGAUUUGCUUUCCAAAAGACUGACAGCAGAGUUACUGCGCCUACUUUGUGCUGAACCCCAGGUGAAAGAGCAGGUGAAGCUCUACGAGGGGAUCCCCGUGCUCCUCAGCCUGCUCCAUUCCGACCACCUGAAGCUGCUCUGGAGCGUUGUCUGGAUUCUGGUCCAGGUUUGCGAGGACCCCGAGACCAGCGUGGAAAUCCGCAUUUGGGGAGGCAUCAAGCAGCUGCUUCACAUUUUACAGGGAGACAGAAAUUUUGUUUCCGAUCGUUCUUCCAUCGGAAGCCUGUCUAGUGCAAAUGCAGCAGGACGGAUUCAGCAACUUCAUUUGUCUGAAGAUUUAAGCCCUCGGGAAAUACAAGAAAAUACUUUCUCUCUUCAAGCAGCCUGCUGUGCAGCCCUCACGGAACUGGCGCUCAAUGACACUAACGCCCACCAGGUCGUCCAGGAAAAUGGUGUAUAUACAAUAGCAAAAUUGAUUUUACCAAACAAGCAAAAGAAUGCAGCAAAAACAAACCUAUUACAGUGUUACGCUUUCAGAGCCUUGAGGUUCCUCUUCAGUAUGGAAAGAAACAGACCGCUCUUCAAAAGGUUGUUCCCCACCGACUUGUUUGAGAUCUUCAUUGAUAUAGGACAUUAUGUUCGUGAUAUCAGUGCGUACCAAGAGUUGGUCUCAAAGUUGAAUUUGUUAGUGGAGGAUGAACUGAAGCAAAUUGCUGAAAACAUUGAAAGCAUUAAUCAGAAUAAAGCUCCUUCGAAAUAUAUAGGCAACUACGCGAUUUUGGAUCAUAUUGGAAGUGGAGCUUUUGGCUGUGUCUACAAGGUUAGAAAGCGUAGUGGUCAAAAUCUCUUAGCAAUGAAAGAGGUCAACUUGCAUAACCCAGCAUUUGGAAAGGAUAAAAAAGAUCGAGACAGCAGUGUCAAGAAUAUCGUUUCUGAAUUAACCAUAAUUAAAGAGCAGCUUUAUCACCCCAACGUUGUACGCUAUUACAAAACAUUUCUAGAAAAUGACCGGUUAUAUAUAGUUAUGGAACUCAUAGAAGGGGCCCCUCUUGGAGAGCAUUUCAGUUCUUUGAAGGAAAAACAGCAUCAUUUCACUGAAGAGAGAUUAUGGAAAAUAUUCAUCCAGCUGUGCUUGGCCCUCCGGUACUUACAUAAGGAGAAGAGGAUUGUCCACAGAGAUCUGACACCAAACAACGUCAUGUUGGGGGAUAAGGACAAAGUGACCGUCACUGACUUUGGCCUGGCAAAGCAAAAACAAGAAAACAGUAAACUCACAUCUGUUGUUGGAACAAUCCUGUAUUCCUGCCCCGAGGUGCUGAAGAGUGAGCCUUAUGGAGAGAAGGCGGACGUCUGGGCUGCUGGCUGCAUCCUCUAUCAGAUGGCCACGCUGAACCCACCCUUCUACAGCACCAACAUGCUCUCCCUGGCCACAAAAAUAGUGGAGGCGGUCUAUGAACCAGUGCCAGAAGGCAUCUACUCCGAGAAAGUGACAGAUACCAUCAGCAGGUGCCUGACUCCUGAUGCAGAAGCCCGGCCAGAUAUUGUAGAAGUCAGCUCCAUGAUAUCGGAUGUCAUGAUGAAGUAUUUAGACAGCUUGUCUACAUCCCAGCUGGCCUUGGAGAAAAAGCUGGAACGGGAACGAAGGCGCACACAGAGGUAUUUUAUGGAAGCCAAUCGGAACGCUGUCACAUGUCACCAUGAGCUGGCUCUGCUAUCACAUCCAGAAAAGUUAGGUACAGACAUUCCUAAAGUGUGUGCUGCUUAG